UCGGCUUCUAACGGCAAGACUUACCCCGGUCUGUUGAAGCUACCCCUCUUACCCAAUUGAACUCUUUGUUAAGUUAAGUACCCAGGUAGGUACCUAAAACGAUUUACAAUUUACCAGUGGAAGGUCAUCCCGAUAACGCUAUUCUUUUCCCGGGCCACCGUCAAAUACGUACCGGUGACAGGUUCUCAUUCGAGGAUUUAAGGAUAGGGGACAAUCGUUCAAUGCCGAGUUAAGUUGAUUCGGUCUGUCCCUUACGAACCCCUCGGGAGCUAUAUCUGUAAUUCACAUAAUCACCAUGUACCGUCUUGCAGGUACGCGAAACAUUACUGCCAGCGCUGGCCGCACCGCUACCCGCCUGUCUACUUGUUCGUCCCCUUCCUCGUCCGCCUUCUUCUCUUUAUCCUCUCCCACCACUUCGAGGAUGCCCUCGCAGACGACCGCUGCGAGGCGGAUAGCCGCUACGGCGCACCACCUUCGUCCUAUGAGCGCACUCGCCUCGACGGCUACUAGCUACCCGACAACGCACGAGAAGAUUGCACAACCGGAAGAUACACCCUACUUCAUAGACAAUAAAUUUGUGUCCAGCAAGGCGGAUAAGUACAUCGAGCUGCGCGAUCCAGCCACGAACAAUCUCGUAACACGCGUGCCGCAAAUGACAGAUACAGAACUAAAGGCCGUUGUCGACAGCGCUCAACGGGCAUUCCCGGGGUGGCGGGCCACAAGUGUCCUCGCACGGCAGCAGAUCAUGUUUAGAUUUGUUAACUUAAUCCGUGAAAACUGGGACCGCCUAGCCGCCAGCAUCACCCUCGAGCAAGGUAAGACGUUUGCUGAUGCUAAAGGUGAUGUCCUACGAGGGUUGCAGGUAGCCGAGGCCGCAUGUGGAGCUCCGGAGUUCUUGAAGGGUGAAAUACUCGAAGUCGCUAAAGACAUGGAGACAAGAAGCUACCGGGAACCACUGGGCGUUACCGCUGCCAUUUGUCCUUUUAAUUUUCCGGCCAUGAUCCCCCUAUGGUGUAUUCCCAUCGCGACAGUGACCGGUAACACCAUAAUUUUGAAGCCUUCCGAAAGAGACCCUGGUGCAGCGAUGAUCCUAGUCGAACUAGUAAAGAAGGCCGGAUUCCCGGAGGGCGUGGUUAAUGUGGUCCAUGGCGCACACCGAACCGUUGACUUUAUACUAGACGCUCCAGAAAUUAAGGCGGUAAGUUUUGUUGGUGGAAAUAAGGCAGGUGAAUACAUCUACAGCCGAGCUUCGGCGAACGGCAAGAGGGUUCAGGCCAACCUUGGUGCCAAAAACCACGCAGCUGUGAUGCCAGACUGCAAUAAGAACCAUUUCAUCAAUGCAGUCGUCGGGGCCGCGUUCGGCGCCGCUGGUCAGAGGUGCAUGGCCCUCAGCACUUUGGUUAUGGUUGGUGAGACAAAGGAAUGGCUACCAGAGCUGGCAGAGAGCGCCAAGAAGCUCCAAGUUAACGGCGGGUUCGAAGAGGGCGCCGAUCUAGGCCCGGUUAUCUCACCACAAAGUAAGGAAAGGAUCGAGAGUCUGAUUGCUAGUGCGGAAGAGGAGGGCGCCACAAUCCUAUUAGACGGACGCGGUUUCAAGCCAGGGAAAUACCCCAACGGGAACUGGGUAGCACCGACUAUCAUCAGCAAUGUCACCGCGGAUAUGAAAUGCUAUAAGGAAGAGAUAUUUGGGCCGGUACUGGUGUGCCUCAACGUGGAUACACUAGACGAGGCUAUCGAACUGAUAAAUAGAAAUGAAUACGGGAACGGCACGGCAAUCUUUACGAGAUCGGGUCCGACAGCAGAGACCUUUAGGCGUAAUAUCGAGGCGGGCCAGGUCGGUAUCAACGUGCCGAUCCCGGUGCCACUGCCUAUGUUUUCGUUCACAGGCAACAAGAAGAGUAUUGCUGGUGGCGGAGCCAAUACGUUCUACGGGCGGCCGGGUAUUAAUUUUUACACACAGCAAAAGACUGUGACGGCAAUGUGGUCAAGUGCCGAUGCCAUCUCGCGCAAGGCGGAUGUAGCAAUGCCUACUCAGAGUUAGAAAUGAGGCUCGCAGCUACAUGUAUUUGAUGGGUUCGGCGCAUUUUUACCGAUGAAUAGAGGAGAACUGGAAAAUGCUACCAAGUAUCUAUGCGGCAGGUCACGGAUCGAAUUGUCACAAUUCAUUCGAGUUUGCAGAGAAUACCUAAUUUUACAUAGAUACAAUAGCACAUAACAGUACAUAUAAUAUAAGUUGAUUCCCAAGGUA